AUGAUGUUAUAUAGCCGUGAGCGUCACACACAGUCCCGCUCCAGAUUUUAACAUCCGUUUGUUACAUUUACCUAAAUGCUCGUAGUUUACUUGGCCAGCGAGGAAACAACACUGACAAGCGACCGAAGGGAAAAAAGUAGUAAAACUUUGUUUUCUGCGCGCGUGCAAUCUGACUUCAGGUGGAAAAAGAGAAAGACGCCCGUCUUUUAAAGUCAGAUUUUGGGCAGAAUACUGUCCUGUGGGAUGGAUGACACCCAAGAAAAUGACUACGAAGAGCGUCUAAAAGAAGUUUUUAACAGUUUCAAUACCAGUGGAACUGGAUGUCUGUACCUGGAAGAGGUUUCUGACCUUUGCCAGUCUCUACACCUGGGUGAUGCCACACCAGACCUUCUCCAUGCACUCCUGCAAAACCAGGACCCCCUCACUGCCAGGGUCGACUUUGAACAGUUUAAAAAUGCAUUGAUUCUGGUUUUGUCAGCAACCAUUGAGUCAUCUCAGACAGAACAGGAGACAUUGCCUAAACCAGAGACGUCAGAGAUCCAACCAAAGUUUGUAAAUGGCCGUAAGCAUUACGGCCGCCGCUCUACCCCAGAGUUCAUAGAGCCCAUUUCAGAUUUCUGUGAAAUUGCCCAUGAAAAGCUCACAGAGGACGGAGAUCAGGAGGACAACGAUGACUCUGCUGUUCCCAGGAAGCGUGAGCGUUGGAAUGCUCAUGAUACGAGCUCAGAAGAGUUUGAGGCAGAAGGCCAGAUGCAGCUCUGGAACCCUGAUGAGCCAAGCACCCCUCAAGGAUCUAUCAUUACUUUGUCAGGCUGCUUGGAGGAAAGGAUUUCUGAGGCCUGUGAAGAGUUGGGGAUAGUGUGGGAGGGAUGUGCCAGUCAAACUGAGCUGCGUGCUCUUUGUCAACACUUGGAUCUGGAGAUAAAAGGAGAUUUGCUUCAGAGUUUGAGUGACAGCGGAGUCAUGAAUGUUCAGGAGUUUGUUUCCAGGCUCGUGAACCACAACAAACCUCCCACGCCAUCUGCCUCUACGCCCUACAGACAACUUAAACGCCACCAUUCCACACAGCCCUUUGAUGAGGGAGGCCGGAGGCUAACCACCCCAGCUGCUAUGACCAGCACCAUUGGCUUGCGUCUCUUCUCCACUCUCGAUGAUGGCACUGGUUACACAGCAGUGGAAUGCAUCUUGGAUGCCUGGAUGGAAGAGGGUAUUGAAAAUUGCACUGAGAUCCUGCAGGCUUUGAAUUUCAACAUAAAUGGAAAAGUGAGUCUUGGUGAUCUCACCAUGGCACUUGAAAAUGAGCUGCUCCUUACCAAGAAUGGGAUUCACCAAGCAGCACUAGUCAGCUUCAAAGCUGAGAUCAGGCAUCUGCUAGAACGUGUAGACCGAGAGCUUGGGGAGAAGGAGAAAAUCCGGUCUGACCUGGAAAAAGCAGAGAAGCUGAAAACUCAGCUUGCGGCUGAGGUGGAUGAGCAUCACUCUGCUAUCGAACAGAUGAACAACCUCAAUAUCAGAAAGCUUGAACAAGACCACAAAGACAAGCGUGCUGCUAUAAGGUCUGAGCUAAUGAAGGAAAUGGACCAGAUCCAGCAGCAGGCUGGACUGCAGCGUGAGGAACUGGAGGCAGAGAUCGAGAAGAUCAGGGAGGAUGAAUCUUUCCUCAGGGACCAUCUGUCCAUUUCUGUUAAGGAAAAUAGGCGCCUUGAAACAGAGUUGCUGGACAGCACAGAAAAGUUAUUGCAGGCACAAAACCAAAUUGAAAAACUCCAGUCAACUUUGGAUAAUAUUAUGAAGGAACGGUUUGGAGACUUGGACCCUGGCAGCGCUGACUUCUUCUUUCAAGAGGAUCGUAUUAAACAGCUGCGAAGCAGCUAUGAAGCCCAGUGCAGGGAACUGCAAGAUCGUAUUGAUGAACUGCAGUCAGAGUUGCAAGAUUUCCACGUUCUUGGUCGAAGUCAUCAGCCCUGCCACAAACCUCUCUCAGAAGAUUUGGAGAGUCAAAGCCCUGGCAUGGAGUCUGACCAAGGCAUUGGCUCAGAAGAGGUGCAGCCAUUCAGCAUGAGCUUAGAGGUGGAGAUGAUGUUGGAGCAGCUGAAAGAACAGCACUUUCAAGAAAAGGAGGAAUUACAAAGACUGCUGGAAACCAAGAUCACUGAAUUUAAUGAGACACUAGAAAAGCAGAGGGAGGCCCAUGAAGGUCACACAGUUGCUUUAACGCUCCAACACGAGCAAGAGGUCCAGACUUUGAGAGAGAGGAUGGCCACUUUUGAAAGCCACGCAGAAGCACUCCAGAGCCAGCUUGAGCAGGCGGACCUGGAGCGGGCCAGUCUGGAACAGAAGCAGGCUGAGGAGAAGGAAGAGCUCAAAAAACGGCAAGAAAAUGAACUCGAAUCCCUCAAGAGGGAGCUACUGGGAACCAACACUUCCAUUGCAGACCUCCAACAGCAGCUUAAGACCUUUGAAGUUCAGGAAAUUGAGACUGCUAAAAAUCAUACCUAUGAGAUUGAGAAACUGAGGGAAGCGCAUGCUGUGGAGAUUAAAGAACUUGAGGGAAAAUAUGUGAAGCUGCUAGAGGUCAGACUGGAAGAAGAGAGAAAGAAACUUCAGGAUGAGAGGUCUGAGUUGGAGAUUAGAUCUUCAGCUAAAUGUGAAAGGGAGAAGGAACUUUUAAAACACAAUUAUGAGGAACAACUGAAGGCACGGCUAGAGGAGGCGAGAUUGACGUAUGAGGAAGAACGCAAUGAAAUGAUAAUGAGACUGACAGAGCAGUGGCAGAAAGAGAGAGCUCAGCUGGACGAGCAGCACAGCGAGUCUCUGCAGGUUCUCCUGGAGGAUGAGAUGUUGGCACUUGUCAGAGAACACGAAAAGAAGGAGAGCAAGCUUAGAGACGAGUGGGAGAUCGAACGAGCUGAGCUUCAGAAGCACCAGGAGGAGGCUUUACUCAGAGUAGCUGAAGAAAGAUCGCAGUUAUAUGAGAAUUGGGAGCACAGGAGUAAAAGCCUAAAGGAGGAGUGGCAAAGGGAAAAACUGCAGCUGGAGGAGGAUUAUGAAGGGAUGCUUCAGGAUAGGCUGAUGGAGGAAAGGGAGAAGUUUGACGCUGAGAAAGAAGAACUGGAGAAGAUGCUAAAAUGCUUAAUGGAAGUGCAGAGGGCUGAGCUGGAGGAGCGCCAUGGAGACGUGAUACAGGGGCUGACUGCCAGGCACACUAAGGAGAGGGAGGCACUGAGCAGGCUGCUGGACAAACUGCGAGAUGAAGUUGCUCAGGAGAGAUCUGAGGCCAGCCACCUUGCUGAAGAAAACCACAACCUCAGACAAAAGAUCAACAUGCUGAAGGAAGAGGAUUUAAAGGAAGCAAGGGCACAACUGCUGCAAACAUUGGAACAUCUAAAAACUGAGAAAACAGCAGCUGAAACAUUGGCAAACAAGUUCAAUAAGGAGAUUUCAGAGCUGCGUUUGAGGAGCCAGCAACUUGAGGACGAGAAUGAGAGGCUGUCAGAAGAAAACAUCCAAAAUGUCGCUGACAGGAACAAACUGAAACAACAGCUGGCAGAGUUGACAAAGGAGAAAAAUAGGAGAGAGGCGUUCCCAGCUGAGGAGAAAACUAAGCUGGCAGCUUGUGUGUCAUCUCUGGAGUUGACCAAAGCUCUGGAGGAGGGUGUCCUGCUUGAGGAAAGAAACACACAGCUAAUGCAGCAGCUCUCUAACCUCAGAGAAAAGGUAUUGAAGAUGGACUCUCUGGAGAGUCAUAUUGGUCAACUGUUGGAAGAGCAGAAGAACACAAAUAAGGAGACCCAGCUCCUCCGCAACCAACUAGCCAAAGCUCAAGAGAGGAACUGUGUCAUGGAGAGAGCCUUGCACUCAAGUGGUUUCCAGAAUCCAAGUAAGAAGUGGUACAGGGAUGAGAUGUCUCUGUUGGAAAAGGAGCAGCAGCUACUGAGGCAGGAAAAUGAGAGACUUCUGGCAGAGGUGUGCAGCAUUAAAGGAGAGCUUGUUCAUUCCAGAGAGAAGGUUCGGCACCUUGAUGCUACCAUCCUGUCCCUCAAACAGCAAAAGCAACAGAGUCAGUCUUGUUUGCUGAAGGCUUUGGAACAGGAAAAUGCUUCUCUGAAGCAGGAACUACAGGCUCAGAAGGAGCUGACCAGGGGCUGUGAAGCUCAGGCAGGACAUACAGAGCUUGAGAGUCUUCAGCUGGAAAAUGAGACACUGAAGUCCCAAAUGGCUCGGAUGUCUACACAGCUGAUAGAGUCAUUUCAAGUUCAGCUGGCUGGACUUCUGCCACCAUCACCUCACAGAAUGCCCAGAGGACAACAUCGUGGAGAAGAUCUGGACAACAUCCAGGGGGCGAUGCCAGAGCAGCGAGCAGCUCACGCAGACAGCUACCGGCGCAUCGGUGGAUUGUAACAGCACCUUUCCUGCUCUCCACUUUAACCUCUGUUCUUCUGAGACUGCUUUCCUCUGCUCUGCGCUUCUCAUGCUGUGCUUCAUGCACACGGUGCAACUUUUUCUGGGUCUUUAAAGGAGACUGAGUGCACACUCAGCUUGAGUUUGACUGAUACAAAAGGCAUGAAGGUGUAAUUGUAACUAACUGCUGCUAGGAGGCAGAAGCGCACAGAGAAGGAUCCUGAUGGUUUCCCCAGUGGGAUAAUCACCAUUGUAACAUUAUCAUCAUAAUACUGAUCUACCAGACGCACCACCUAGUGGAUUCGUCAUCUACAUGCUUUAGUUUUGCUGCAAAGUUUUAGAAGCAUUCAGUCUCUUCAUGUUAUCUGUGCAGUAAAGCUGUUUUGUGGUUUGAUUAGCUGUCUUUAUUACGGGGAUGUAUGUAGUUGUGUGUUUGUUUGAAAGUGAGUUUAUAAAGCUUGAAGCGAAAUCAGUUUUUCUUAUGAUUCCUGAGGAGUGUCAAGUUGAAACGAGGUUGGUGCCUAACAGCCUUCUGAGCCUUUUUUCCUCACUAGCUGCUGUGUGUUUCUGGAGAAUUGUCGACGACUAAACGGAGUGUCCCAUGUUGUUUUUCCUGUGUGUCUUACAUUUUUACACUAAAUGUAGGUAAACUUUUCUUUAAAUUCGUCAGCCCAUGUUCAUGUUGUAUUUGUGGUCUGGGACUGUCUGUUAUCUGUGCUGCUGCUGCACAACCAAAAUGAAUCGUGUCUUUCUGGCAUGUAUGGAUGUUUUUCUUGUAGUGGGUUCCUACUGUUGUUUUUAUUUAUUUAUUUUUGUUUUAAGCAGCUUAUCUUUUGAUUGUUUGUGGUCUUUAUAAAACCCACAAGAAUGGUUAAUGUUCUAAUCAUGUUUUGUCAAUAGUAAUAUAUUUGUUUUUAAUGAUAUCAGGGUAAAAUAUUUUUUAUUUAUUUCAAUAGAAUGAUGCUAGGGUUCAUUUUAUUUAUGGUUAUUUAUUUUUAUACAGUGUCCUCUCCUAAAAUGUUCUAGACAUUUAAUAAAGCACCUGGAUGACAAACA